AUGGCUUCAAACACGGGCAAGGCUGGAGCCAUCGUCGCUCCCGACGACGCUGGCAGCAUGGAUACUCUUGCUCACGCCGUUCUCGACGACAUAAUGUACAACGUCGUCCACGACCUCCUGCUCAAGGUGCACCGCGAUGAGAAGAUGGCAAGGGCCACGACGGCCGCGAUCCGUGUCGAGAAGCUGGCUUCCGAUGCAUCAGAUAGCUCGACACCCGACUCAAAACCCGACGUACGGAUCGAAACCGAUGCCGCGAUAUACGAAGACGGCAAGGUGUUGCUCAAGGGCAAUCCCUUGAAGACCACAAAGGACAUUCUGUGCCCGAAAUGCCACCUCCCUCGACUGCUUCAUCCGACCGAUGGAAAGGGCGCCAAGAAGCCCGACCCGAGCGUCAUCUACUGCAAGAAACACCCUUACAUCGACAAGCCGGGCUACGACAUUUAUGGUCAGACCUGGGUCCAGCCCGGUCCCGGACGAGGCAAGAAGAAGAAGGACAUGAAGCCCGAUCCGAACAUCGAGUCUCCUGCUCCGGGCGAAGCGCGACCGGCGAACGUCCUGUCAUUUCCCUCCGCCACCUGCAGCAAGUGCAAGCGAUGCAUUCUCGUCACCAGACUCAACAACCACAUGGGCUCGUGUAUCGGUAACAGUGGCCGCAACGCUAGCCGCGCCGCGGCGGCCAAGAUCUCCAACGGCAGCAACGGCGCCAGUCAGAACGACGGAACGCCUCCCUCGAGCCAGAAGGCGACCCCGGCACCCGGAUCCCGAGCCUCGAGCCCAAAGAAACGCGACAGCGAAGAAGUGGCGGCGCCCGAGGAGGAAGAAGAGUCGGAGAACAGUCACAAGAAAAAGAAGCUGAAACCGUCCGUCAUGACGAAGAAGGUCAUCCUUAAGACGAAGGGCCCCAAAAAGGACAAAGUCAAGACGAACUCGCUCCUUAGCCACGAGUCAAAGGUCGAUGACGAGGACGAUAACUCUACUGUCGAGGUUGCUCCGAAGAAGGAGAAGAAGGAGCCGAAAGAGGGCAAAGGCAUCAGUCCGGCUAAGAAGCUGAAGCUCGGUGCAAGACCGCCUCUCGCAUCGCCAUUAUCCAAGAACGGCAACGGUAGAACCGAAGAUGCCGAAUCUGAAUCUUCUGGCACAUUGUCAUCGCCGCCAAACUAG